AUGACCACUAUUCAUCACGUGUCUGGCUUCCUCAUCUCCCUCUCCCUCCCAUCUUCACUCCCCACCGUGUCCCCUUUUCGUAAUACAGUAAUUGCCGGAUGGAUAAUGGCGGCAUCCUUCCUGCGCCCCUCCACAUUCGGCCCCAAAGACGAGGACUACCUGAAAAGUCGCUUCUCAAACUAUGGCCGGCCGGUCCAACUUGCCGCUUUGUGGCUUCUCGAUGUGCAAGAACUACGCAAGAUCAACGAGCUAAUCAUACAUGGGAGUGAUAAGACGGUCAUGUCUUUCAAGGAGAGCCAGACUAGUGCCGUGGGCAUGGUGGCUGUUGCGCUUGUCAAGUCGGCCAUUGUAUCUCAGCUAUCAUCUACCACUCUCCAAAUACCCGCCCUCUCCAAUAUAAACUGGACAGCCAGCGCUUUCAUCAUCGCCGCGCUCCUCUUCUCCAUCCUCGCAACCAUGCUUGCCUGUCUUCAGCGGCAAAUAUUAGGCGCAUUGAAUCAGCCCAAGGGAGUCAGGAUGUGGUUGAGUAACGGAUCUGCUAAUUGCUUGCACUCGAAGAACGGUGGCCGUUCAUCUUCCCGUGGAAGGUCAGGGGAAUUGGGCGGAUUGCAGACUUCGAUCGCCAGUUUGCUGCUGCUGAGACUACCGAAUGCAUUUCUGUUGUCCGGUGUGAUGUGCUUUCUGAUUGGGUUUGGCCUGUUUCUUGGCUUUGCUUGGAGACAGGAUCUAGAUAACACGCCGUCACGGGAUAGUAACCGGGCGGUUAUGAUUAUGUAUAUUGUGGUGGGGUGUGUUACUUUCUUCGCAACUGGCGGAUUGGUGAAAUGGAAGAUGUCAGAGGUGGAUCAGGUAGAGAAGGUUGUUGGGAAGGAUAUCGAGGAGGGCGAUGAUGUGGAAGAAGCAGAGAGCAGUAGCGGCCAAGACGAGGAUAAUGAAAGUGAAGGAGAGGGUGAGGCUUUGCUGGGGAAGAAGAAAAACGACGGCACUUGCUCACAGAAAGAAGUCUCGCAUCAUAUACGUAUUGCCGAGGCGCUCGAAGAUGCAGCGAGGGCACAUAGACACCUUGCGAAGCUCAUGAGAAAUGAUAACCAGGAGAAUGAGGACAGCUAG